GAAUAGCUUCUUGCAAUGGUUCGAUUUGAAAAUACGAGUCACGGGCCUACAGUCAUUGUCUUUCUCCGUUUAGAGACAAAAGGCACGGUGAAGAGAAUGCUGAGCUCUAUAUCUUCUAGUGGUUUGAAUGCAGAAUCAGAGGCUGAGGAAGCUACUUGCUUUCAGAAUUCUCUCCUGGAACUAAAAGGAUUGCGUUCCCAGCUUCAUCAAGCGGCAGACUACUGUGAAACAACGUUCCUGAAAACUAAUGAGAAGAAUGAAGUGGUGGAAAACACAAAGGAGUACUUAUGCAGGGCCAUGGUAGCUGUGGUAGACCAUCUUGGAAGUGUCACUUCCAAUUUAGAGACCUGCAUUUCUCAAACCAAUGCCUUCAACGACGUCGAGCUUCGAUUGAACUGCUUAAACCAAAGGCUCCUCUCCUGCAAACAAUACGCUCAAAAGCUUGAACUAUCCCGACUACGUUGGAACGAAAACCUGCCCAGAUAUCAUCCCCGCUAUGUCUCUCCCGUUAGUAACAGUGCUGAACCAUUAAAUCGAAGUUCAAGUAUCAACCAGUGCAGAGAGUUGAAAGAUCUUCCGUUAGCAAAGGGUGACAUUUUUACAGAGAAGCCAACGCCGAUUCUAUUGUACAAAUUCUACACUUAUAAUCUAUCUCCUCCUAAAAACUUGACUCAUGGAUUCCCCUCAAAGAAAGAUGAGAAGGAGAAAACAUUAGAUACACUUCAAAAAGCAAUAUUACCAGCUGAUGAUCAUGGACUUUCAGCGCGAUCAAAAGCUCCAAAUCCUACAUUUUAUUUCCAGGUGUCUCAUCAGAAGCGUGGACGCCAUAGAAAAUCAAAACUUGGGAGUGACAUAUUGUCCCUCCUUAAGCGAACUAAACAAAUAGCUUCAUUAAAAGAUCAUCUCUGAGAAUGCUUUGUAAUAAUUCCUUCUGCAUCAAUGCAUAUCCUUUGUUCACUAUAA